CACGAACACUACGGGCUUCAUCCGGUCGUCAAAUGAUGGGCGUGUGGGGUGGAAAGGGACAGACAAGAGAAAGAGAGCGGCUGGCGAUACAUUCAAAUCUCUUCGGAAUGAAUUUUCAUUUUUCACCCUUGUUUUGCCGGUUACAGAAACUAUAAUCAGAGCAAUUAGAACACGUUAUCAAUCUUCAGAAUGGAGGCUACGUUCAGGAUUUCUUCAAUGGAGCCGAUUCCCUCAUUCGGUUCUUUUGUCGUUAAGAAUUCAAGGUUUUCGUUCAAAGGAAGAGAAUCCAUCAGAAAGCUCAGUGCCAUCUCCCACGACGGCUCGAUUCCUUGCAACAGUGCGAAUCUGGCCAAGUCAAGUUCAGCAGUAAAGGUGCAUAAAAUAAGAAGCAGUCUUGAAUCUUUAUUUUGCUAUGAUAAGACUAUACCAGAGGAAAUAAUUGAAAAGCCAGUUGGUUUGCCUCUGUCAGAAAGAAAAAUUGGAGACAGUCCCCGUUGCUAUCAUUGUGAAGCCAAAGGUGUUGUUCUUUGCACAACUUGCUCUGGGUCGGGCUUAUAUGUUGACUCUAUAUUGGAAAGCCAAGGAAUCAUUGUCAAAGUUCGAUGUCUAGGUUGUGGAGGCGGUGGCAACAUUAUGUGUUCAGAAUGUGGAGGCCGAGGUCACCUUGGAAUGAAAUGAGUUUUAAUGUUUGCCUCUUUUCUUAGUUUUGCUAUUUAAUUCUGAAAAGGAUAGCAUGUAGGAUGGAUACAUUGAAGUCGCGGUUAUUCAUUUGGGCUGCAACUGGUAAUGGUAUCGUUUGUCCAAACUUGAAUUUGAUUUUCAAUCCAAUUUAGAUGAUUCAUAGCUUUAUAUUGGAAUGCAUA